GGUUUUUAUUAAUAACGCGAAGUUAGCUGCAGAAUUUGGCGGGAUAGCGUCAGUUUGUUACACACUAACAAAAACGCCGAAAAUUUCUUUAAUUGGGUCCAAUGGGGGAUAAAGGAGACGCGGAAACGUUCGAUGACGCUGUUGAGGAGCGCGUUAUAAACGAAGAGUACAAAAUAUGGAAAAAGAACACUCCAUUUCUCUACGAUUUAGUGAUGACCCAUGCCCUCGAGUGGCCCUCGCUCACCGCACAAUGGUUACCGGAUGUAACACGACCCGAUGGAAAAGACCACUCGAUACAUCGUUUAAUUUUGGGUACUCACACUUCGGAUGAGCAAAAUCACCUUUUAAUAGCCAGCGUGCAACUUCCGAAUGAAGACGCUCAGUUCGAUGCUUCACAUUACGAUAACGAAAAAGGUGAAUUUGGCGGUUUCGGCUCGGUUUCCGGUAAAAUUGAGAUUGAAAUAAAAAUAAAUCACGAAGGGGAAGUGAACAGGGCGAGGUACAUGCCUCAAAAUCCGUGUGUGAUAGCCACUAAAACACCGUCAAGCGACGUUUUGGUUUUCGAUUAUACAAAACAUCCGAGUAAGCCUGAUCCAAGCGGAGAAUGUCACCCGGAUUUGCGUUUAAGGGGCCACCAAAAGGAAGGUUACGGUUUAUCGUGGAAUCCGAAUUUAAAUGGUUAUUUAUUAUCGGCGAGUGACGAUCACACAAUCUGUUUGUGGGACAUCAACGCAACACCGAAAGAUAAUCGAAUAAUUGAUGCCAAAACUAUUUUUACCGGACACACGGCUGUUGUGGAAGACGUCGCUUGGCAUUUACUUCACGAAUCGUUGUUCGGAUCAGUCGCCGACGACCAAAAAUUAAUGAUUUGGGACACGCGGUGUAAUAACACAACAAAACCUUCGCAUACAGUCGAUGCUCAUACGGCCGAAGUGAAUUGUUUGAGUUUUAAUCCGUACUCGGAGUUUAUUUUAGCAACUGGAAGUGCAGAUAAGACCGUGGCACUUUGGGAUUUAAGAAAUUUAAAGUUGAAAUUACACAGUUUUGAGUCACAUAAAGAUGAAAUCUUCCAAGUUCAAUGGUCGCCACAUAACGAGACUAUUUUAGCUUCAUCCGGUACCGAUAGGAGACUUCAUGUUUGGGAUUUAAGUAAAAUAGGGGAAGAACAAACUCCAGAGGAUAACGAAGAUGGGCCACCUGAAUUAUUAUUUAUUCACGGUGGACACACAGCGAAAAUUUCAGAUUUUAGUUGGAAUCCCAAUGAACCGUGGGUUAUUUGUUCUGUAUCCGAAGAUAAUAUUAUGCAAGUUUGGCAAAUGGCUGAAAAUGUUUAUAACGAUGAUGAUCCGGAUCAAGCUGUUUCCGAUAUGGACGCAGCUCCAAGUUAAAUCCUUUUUUUUAUUAAAACUUUAGUGUUUAUAUUUAAUUUCAUUUUUCCCAUUAGUUUUUUUGUCUUUCUUUUAGUUUUAGUUUAGAUAAUUUCGAAGUUAAUAUUGAGGUUAGUUUGUAAUUAAUUUUAAUCGAAAUUUUUUCUAUAAUUAAAAUAAAAGUGUGGAUUAAAAAGACA